AUGUCUUCCGCCGAAGAUCGGGUCAACGCGAUGCGUGGCUACAAGGCCACCCUCAACAAUCCUAGAGUCUCCGAUGAGGCGAAGCAGAACGCUCAAUCGAUGCUUGAUCAGCUGGGCGGUGAUCAACCAAGCGAGGACCUAUACAGCGCGAGAGGUGAUCAGAACAAGGACCCGAUGAGAGUCAAUGCUGGACUUAAAGCUGCUGCACAUAACCCUAAUAUUUCAGACCAGGGCAGACGUAGUGCCGCCGAUAGGGUUGGUGAGAAUCCGGAAGAGUAA